GCAGAGCCAGAACAAGGUGGAGCCCGACCCGCCCGCGGGUCGGAGUCGAGUCCCCGCGGCUCCGGUGCUCGUGACCCGCCGUCAUUUGCCAUCCGCACCAUGAACCAGCUGGUGCCCCGGCUCUCGGUUCCUGCCGCGCUGGCCCUGGGCUCGGCCGCGCUGGGCGCCGCCUUCGCCACGGGGCUCUUCCUGGGGAGACGAUUCCAGCGACCGCAGCGCCUGCUGCCCGCGGAGGACCACCCUCUGUGGCAGUAUCUGCUGAGCCGCUCCAUGCGCGAGCACCCAGCGCUGAGGAGCCUGAGGCUGCUGACCCUGGAGCAGCCGCAGGGGGAGUCCAUGAUGACCUGUGAGCAGGCCCAGCUUCUGGCUAACCUGGCGCGGCUCAUCAAGGCCAAGAAGGUCCUGGAUCUGGGCACCUUCACGGGCUACUCUGCCGUGGCGCUGGCCCUGGCGCUGCCCCCGGCCGGGCGCGUGGUGACCUGCGAGGUGGACCCCGGGCCCCCGGAGCUGGGCCGGCCGCUGUGGAGGCAGGCCGAGGUGGAGCGCAAGAUCGACCUGCGGCUGCAGCCGGCCCUGGAGACCCUGGACGAGCUCCUGGCGGCGGGCGAGGCCGGCACCUUCGACGUGGCAGUAGUGGACGCCGACAAAGAGAACUGCGUCGCCUACUACGAGAGGUGUCUGCAGCUGCUGCGCCCCGGAGGCAUGCUCGCCGUGCUCAGAGUCCUGUGGCGCGGUGAAGUCCUGCGGCCGCGGCCAGGGGAUGCCGAGGCAGAAUGCGUGAGAAACCUGAACGAGCGCAUCCGGAGGGACGCCCGGGUCUACAUUAGUCUCUUGCCCCUGGGCGACGGCCUCACCUUGGCCUUCAAGAUCUAGGGCUGGCUGGGGCUCGAGGGCCUGGGAA